AUGAAAUUAAUAAUCACUACUAGUUACUUAAUAUUCUCAUCAUUUGUAAUCCCUAAUUCUGCUAAUACAUCAGGUAUCAGCACUGCUAUUUCCACCAGAACUAACUCUCCUAGUACCUACUCUGUUUAUUAUACACCAACAGUUCACGCUUAUGAUGGUCAUCCUCCUGAUUAUACACCCAUUAAUUCCCCUACUCAUGCAUCCAGCGAAUUUUCUGGCACUCAUGAUAAUUCUCCUGGUCAUACAUCCAGCGAAUUUUCUAGCGUCCUUGCUAAAUCUCCUAAUAACGCAUCCAGCGAAUCUUAUAGCGUCCAUUCUAAAUCAGUUCCUGAAUCUCUUAAUAAUGCAUCCAGCGAAUCUUAUAGUGUCCAUUCUAAAUCAGUUCCUGAAUCUCCUAAUAACGCAUCCAGCGAAUCUUACAGCGUCCAUUCUAAAUCCAACGAAUAUGAUGUCACCCAUGUUCAAUCUCCUAAUUAUACUCCCGUAACUUAUUAUGAAGGUGAUACCGCUGAUCCUUCACCUAACGCUGAUGAUUCUCCUCCUAAUGACAAUGAUUAUUACUCUGAAAAUCAUGGUUUACGUCUCAAUAAUGAUUCUCCUCCUGACAAUAACGAUUUUUAUCCUGGAAAUGAUGAUUACUCUCCUAACGAUAAUUCUUCUGACGAUCAUGAUUUCAUUCUUGGCAAUGAUGACUCUCCUCCUAACAAUGAUUACCCUCCUAACAAUGCUAAUUACUCUCCUAACAGUGAUGAUUACUCUCCUAACAAUGAUGAUUACUCUUCUAACAAU